AUGGCGACCCUGGAUAUUAACGAAAGCUCAAUCCCAUUUCUGAGGGGUAAAGUCGCUUUAAUAACAGGCGGCUCUUCCGGGAUUGGGCUUUCGACGGCUGCGAUUCUAGCUAGAAAGGGCGCUGAAGUACAUAUCCUGGACCUUAACGAAACUGUCGAUGCCCUGCCCCGCGGUAACAUUCACUUCCAUAGAUGCGACGCGACCAAAUGGGAACAGCUUCGCGAUAUUUUCAACCAAAUACCCCGAGUCGACUUUGCGUUCGCCAAUGCAGGGACUUCUGAAGAGACUGAUUAUUUCGCUGACACGUUCGAUGAUAAUGGCAAUUUACUAGAGCCGGCCUAUGCUGUUCUCGAUAUCAACUUCCGAGCAGUAGCAAAUCUGGUAAAGCUGGCGUGGGCUUCGAUGCGCAAGAAUAACAUUCACGGCAGCAUAGUCAUCACGACUAGUGCGACGGCAUACGCACCCGAGCAGUCAUUGCCUGUAUUCGCAGGCACUAAACUUGCUCUAGUAGGAAUGAUCAGAGCUUUGCGAUCUGUCGUUGUAAAGGAUGGCAUCACGAUCAAUGGGGUAGCGCCUGCUGCCACGCUCACGAGAUUGCUUCCCGAGCAUCUAGCAGCGCCUAUUAUAGCAAUGGGACUGCCAGUUAGCACUUCCGACUUCGUCGGUCUUGCAUUGGUCCAUUCCGCCACCGCUCAACAGCGUAGGCGCGUUGAAGUGUACGGAAAGGAGAUGGAGAAAGAAGUCUGGACUGAAGAGAGGUGGAAUGGUAGAGUUAUUUUGACACUUGGGGAAACUUACACUGAGAUAGAGGAGCCUCUUGCAGACCUACGACCGUUCUGGUUUGGCCAGGAAAACCUGCGCUUGACGCGGCUACAGCAGGCCGCGACGGACUUCCGUUCAACAGAGCAGCAGAAAUGA